AUGGAGGUGCUUGGCGAUGCAUGCGUUCCGGACCGUGACCUGGGGCAAAGCCGGGUAUCCCGCGGUCGGUGGACCGGCCCCCUUCGCAUCGUCGACACGAGGAAUCCUCGUCCAUCGCCACCAUUGCGCCCCCAUCAAACGCGUCAUAUAUCUCAUUUGCCUGCGACUCCCUACACCCAGUUGAGCCGAGCACACCACAUGCCGUUCGUAUGUAGAGUCUCCGGUACACCCGCGACCCCAGGAUCGACAGCAGCAGUAUCGACUCGUGCACACAUGGCCGUCAUGGCAACCCCCUCCCAUGGCCCUUGGUUCGCGCAGACCCGAUGUGCGCUUGCUACUGCCGACCGGACCCCGAGCUCGCGCUCGGUUUAA